CAGAUCUCAUCACUCGGACCUCGUACGGGUUGUUUCAAUGGAUCUGAUCUCAGCUUGUGAAUGGGCGAUGAAUCCUGUAGCUUUGGAUGCCACAGUGGGACACCUUGUCUCCAUGUCCCUGAACGCCACUGCAGUGGGAUCACCGGGCAUCACUGCUGCAACCAGAACCCUGAUCCUGUUUGUCUGUCUGCUGCUGGUUGCCUGGAGCCACACAGACAAGAAAACUGCCCCAGGUCCAUCUUUCUGUCUGGGUUUGGGGCCACUUCUGUCAUAUGUGAGAUUCAUCUGGACUGGUAUAGGCACAGCCAGCAACUACUACAACAACAAGUAUGGGGACAUUGUCAGAGUCUGGAUCAAUGGAGAGGAGACCCUCAUACUCAGCAGGGCCUCAGCGGUGCAUCAUGUACUGAAGAAUGGACAUUACACUUCACGUUUUGGGAGCAAGCCUGGACUCAGCUGCCUGGGCAUGAAUGAGAAAGGCAUCAUAUUUAACAACGAUGUAACUCUGUGGAAAAAGAUACGCACCUACUUCUCCAAAGCUCUGACAGGUCCAGGCUUGCAGCAGACAGUGGAGGUUAGCGUCUCCUCCACACAGACUCACCUGGACGACCUGGACGGUUUGGGUCACGUGGAUGUUCUCAGUUUGCUGCGCUGCACCGUGGUCGACAUCUCAAACAGACUCUUCCUGGAUGUACCUGUCAAUGAAAAAGAGCUGCUGCUGAAGAUUCAGAAGUAUUUUGACACAUGGCAGACUGUGCUGAUCAAACCAGACGUUUACUUCAAGUUUGACUGGAUUCAUCAGAGACACAAGGCAGCAGCUCAGGAGCUGAAAGACGCCAUAGAGAGCCUUGUAGAACAGAAGAGGAGAGAUAUGGAUCAGGCAGAUAAACUGGACAACAUCAACUUCACUGCAGAGCUCAUAUUUGCACAGAACCAUGGCGAGCUGUCUGCAGAGAACGUGAGUCAGUGUGUGCUGGAGAUGGUGAUCGCAGCACCGGACACUCUGUCCAUCAGCCUCUUCUUCAUGCUGCUGCUGCUCAAACAGCAUCCAGAUGUGGAGCUGCAGCUGCUGCAGGAGAUAGACACUAUUGUAGGAGAGAGACAGCUUCAGAACGGGGAUCUGCAGAAGCUGCAGGUGCUGGAGAGCUUCAUCAACGAGUGCCUGCGCUUUCACCCGGUGGUGGACUUCACCAUGCGUCGAGCCCUGACUGAUGACGUCAUAGACGGCUACAGGGUGCCGAAGGGCACAAACAUCAUCCUGAACACCGGGCGCAUGCACCGGACAGAGUUUUUCCUCAAACCUAAUGAAUUCAGCCUGGCAAACUUUGAGAAAAAUGCUCCUCGCCGUUACUUCCAGCCGUUUGGUUCGGGCCCUCGCGCCUGUGUUGGCAAGCACAUGGCCAUGAUAAUGAUGAAAUCCAUCCUGGUGACAUUGCUCUCCCAGUACUCUGUCUGCCCCCAUGAGGGCCUCACCCUGGACUGCCUCCCACAGACCAACAACCUCUCCCAGCAGCCUGUUGAGCACCAGCAGGAGGCUGAACAGCUCAGCAUGAGAUUCUUACCCCGACAGAGAGGAAGCUGGCAAACACUCUGAGACUCUGACCUUUAAUUAUACAUUUAUACAGAAUCUCCUUUACUUCAGUUUAUAUCAUCUCAUCGUUGUACAAAGUUAUGUUAUUUUUAUUUUGUAUAUUGUAUGUAUUGAAUUAUUAUGCAUUGUGUGAAAUGUAAAUUACUUGCUGAUAUUGAAAUAAA